AUGUCGGAACCACAAAAAGUAGCGGGUGAUCAAAUCACUGCUGCACUUAUGGCGCUUCCAGCGGGCAUCCGGACUUUAGUGGUGUUUGCAGCUUUUGGUCUUGUAGCAACUAUCUCUGCAUUGAAAGACACCCUUCUGUCCAAGAUUUGUGCGUGGGCGUUGUCUCAUAUAGGACUGUAUGGAUAUCACCUCCCCGCCAACCUUGUUUUCAUUGCAGUACAUGUUUAUUUAUUUCUUGUGGGACAGCCAUCCUGGCGGGAAACAGCUCUUACUGUUCGACGAUUUGCCAGUCGUGACGAUGCGGAUGACGAGCUUCUCACAAAGCUCUUCACGGAAGGCUGCAACCUGACAUGUUAUGUAUUCAUGUCACUGACAUUUCGCAACGUUGGCGGAAUCUGGAGAUUCUGCGGAUGGACUUUCACUGCACUUACGCCUGUUUUGUCAUUCAUCGGCCUUGCUGGCACCAUGUGGCUCAUCACAAUCGACAACCCAGUGCAGACCUUCAACGAGGAAGUGGCCAAGAUUUGGAAUUUCGCGUGGCCAAAAGUGGUGGCAACUCUUCGAGCGUUAUAUCGGCUUUGGGUGGCCGUAGUUCGGCGUUGUCUUCAGUUGUUUGUCAAAAUCACGAAAGGCAUAGUUGCAUACAGAGACGGCAAAACGGCGACACAUGUGACGAAGUUGCAACCUUAUAUAUACUCUGCACUUGCGCGUGGAGAGAUUCGAUUACUCAAACUUUCGAAAGCAACCCCUUGGAGUCCGGUACAGUGUACACUCGAACAUGUACUCUUGGAUAAAGCACCUCAAUUCGAAACCAUCUCAUACACCUGGGGCAGCCAACAAAACAGACAAGGCCUCAUCCUAGGUGGAAAAAGGUUCGACGUCUCCGAAAGAGUUUACGAGAUAGUGCAUGACAGAGCAUCUUUCCUCAUGACGAGGCACAUCUGGAUUGACUCCAUUUGUAUUAACCAGAAAGACGACAUAGAGAAAAGUUCACAGGUCAAGUUAAUGAGGAACAUAUACGGCUCAUCGUACCACACCGUCGUAUGGCUUGGCCACGCACCCGAUGCCAAUGAUGCGAUAGGAUUGCUCGCUCAUCUCCGCCGCAGGAUCGAUUUUGAUGACUCCGUCAAACGAGCCGCUCUCCCUCUCAUGAAUCUAAACAUAGAGAACCCCAGCUGGCCGGCGUUGAACAAGCUUGUGAGGCACGACUAUUGGGCUAGAUGCUGGGUGAUUCAAGAAAUUGCCGUGUCCAAGAAGGUCAUUGUGUCAUAUGGAGGAGAGCUCAUCACAUGGGACUACUUUUCAUCAUUGAUGCAAAUACUCUUCAUCAGCGAUCCAAACAGCAUGUGGCACAUAUCGAAGAUUUACUGGCGCAGUUUCGAACCGCCCCCGGUGGAUGCAGGCAUACAAGUUGCUUCCCUGGGCAGAGUUCGCGAGACGAUUCAUGCUAGCCGCUCUAUGAACCUUUUCGACCUGCUUAUUUCUAGCAUCAACUCAACAGCGACGGAUGCUCGAGAUAACAUAUUUGCCCUGCAAGGAAUCAGUACGGCGGCAGAUUCUGGCGAUAUUAUGCCUGACUACACGUCGACCAUCGAACGACCCUUCUUGAGGACGGCUGAGUAUUUAUUAAAGCAGGAAUAUCCUGCGCGCAUGCUGCAUCUAGCAGGAAUUGGUUUCCACCGAAACAGAGACGUGAAGUUAUCCUGGGUUCCGGACUGGAGUACGAAGAGGUUGAGCGGGAUGUUCUGGCGCCAUCCUACCAUGUCACCGUAUCAGGCAUCGUGCAUUGGUGAUGAGGAGCUGCAUAUGCAACUGGGUACAGAUGGUCAGACUCUCGUUACAAAAGGUAUAAAGGUGGAUUGCAUCAAAGAGUUGGGUCCUCGGUAUUUUGGCAUAUCUGAGAAUGGUGUGCCCAAGACCGAGCUGUUUCCAGGGAACUUUGGCAAUCUCGCCAAGAGUCGAGACUUGGUUCUAAAUGGUUCACUAAAGGAACCGUAUGUCACAGGAAUUCCAUUGAUAGAAGCCUUCUGGAGGAUGCUUCUUGGCGACAGAACACCAGCGGGACCUCGGCCGGCAGAACCUAUCUUUUUCGACUAUUACAAAGCCCUGGAGCGCUUCAUGGAGGUCCUGGACCAGUAUGGCCCGGAUAUGAGUCCGUUGACUUCCAACCUUCCCGAGGAAGAUCUGGUGAGGCUCGGUAAUGAGAUGACGAGGUACGCUGAGGACACUGGUCGAUUUGCGAAUGUGUCAGGUCCGCAUACUCGAGAACGUGCGUUUGCUAUCACGGAACGUGGAUACAUUGGCAUGGUACCGCCAUAUUCGAAGGUUGGUGAUGAGGUGUUUAUUAUUUCUGGUGCACAGGUGCCAUUUUUAUUGAGACGCCAAGGAAGCACAGAGGCAGGUACUGGAAUUUUGAAUAAUGAGAAGUGGCAGCUUGUUGGUGAGAGCUACGUUCAGGGUAUGAUGGACGGGGAGAUGGUGUCAGAUGGACAAGUUGAAGAGGCAAUAGAGAUAUGUUGA